AUGAGAGGCUCUUAAGUAUCCCAAGUUUCGAAAUAAUCGGAAAUGAAUUAAUCAUCUAGAUCUUCAUUCUAAGCUUUUGAAAAGGAUUAUCCUAGAUUUGAUAACCUUGAUCCUUCUUUAGAUGGAGGAUUUAAAAUUAUUUAUAUUCAAGAACUUCCAAUAACUAUAAAAUUAUUAGAAGGUAUUGAAUCAUUUAAUGAAACAACAAAUGUAGAGCCUAUUUUAAUAAAAAUGAUGUAAAAAACUACUGGAAAAGAGAAAAGACUUGAUACCAUAAAAAUUGAACUUACAACUGAAGCUGAUCUUUUUUUUAACUUUGUAUUCGAAGCUAAUGAUGUAACAUUCUUAAAAAUGAAGAAAAAGUAAAAAUGGAAUAUUGAUUUUGAUUAAUUGUCUUCUUCUAUAAUUAAAAUGCUCACAAGCUGUUAGAAAGAUCCUCAUAGCUUUUAAUUAGCUUUCGAAAUCAACAAAGAUCUAAAUGCUGAAUUAGUCAUUUGCUAAACUACAGAAUUCAAGCAAGUUGAGUUGAUGAAAUUAGAUUUUAUGACACAAAGUUAAGAAAAUAUUAGAUAGAGUGUUGUUUUCCGUUUUAAUUUAGUUAAAGCCAAGGUAAUGAUAGCAACAUAAAGAGUUAAUGAUACAAUUACAGUUUUGCAAGAAAAUAAUCCAAUUUUAUGUGAUUUUAUAAAAAAAAAUACAAGCUUGGUUAGACCAAAAUAAUAUUCACCGAAUUAUUGA